AUUGAUUCUUGCGAAUUUUUUAUUAACCAAUACAAUGAAAGUUUUAAAAGAUAGCUUUAUUUGAUAUAAGGUAUGGAAUUGCAUACGUGAUUUGAUAAUCAAAAUUACAAAUAAAUAGCAACAAAAUACUUUCGUAUUCAGUAGAAAUCAAAAUGAAUCAGUUGGUAACUAAGUUAUAAGUAAACACAAUCAAAGGAUAUCCAUAAUUAUAUUCAAAAAUCUUCCUUUAUGCAUCACAAUUUCCAAUCUGAUCCUUCUUGUCACUUCCACAUUCAAAAACCUUGACACUUUCUGUUGAACACAUUUUAAAGAAUUCCUUGUAAGUAUCCGACCCAACAGCUUCCAACAAUGCUGGCGUACAAUAAGUAAACGAUUUGGCACAAGCCUGAAUGGAAUUUAGGUUAACACUUAAAAUAUCGCACUUGGAUUCAAAAUUACAUUGAUAUUGGGUUAGUGAAUUCAUGCCUGACAUCUUCGUCAUCAAUUCUCCAUUGAGGACAUACGCACUUGAUAAGGCUCCUUGAUAUUUUGAGAGUUGAGAGCAAACUCGAGAAAGCUCAGCUGUUAGUGAUGCAAUCGUAGUCUUAGCAUUCCCGUGUUGAACUAACAUCUGCUCAAUCUGUAAUGUAUAUUUUUGUAAGGUUUGGGAUAAUAACGAGACUUUCUGUAUUAAAAAUUCAUUGUCCGUAUUAGCAUUUUGUAAUUUCUUUAAGAAGCUCUCAAUCUGAAUUCUCUGCUGUUCAAUGGUACUCUUGUAAGUAAGACAUUGACUCUUGUUUGUCUCACUAUGAUUCUUUGAAUUUUCGACCAUCAAUUCAAGUUCGAAAAUUCUUUCUCGUUGAGUCUUGAUAGUCUCUUCAAAGUAUUUUAUUCUUGCAAGUUCAGUUUCUGAUGACCCUUUAUUACAAGUAUCAUGACACGAUUCUAUUUUAAUUUUUUCAAGUCUGCAUAAUUCCUUUUCUAAGGUACAAACUUUUUUCAACAACAUUUGGUUCUCAUUAAUGUAGUUCUUUAAUUUUAGUUCUAAACAUUCAAGAUCGGUUUUUGAGGAAGUGUAGUUCUCUUUGCAUUCAAUAAUCUUCUUCUCGUACGAGCAUUUCUCUUUUUCCAAUGUUUCUAUUAGGAGCUUUAAUCUAAUAAUUUCUUUCUGCUCAACUGUAUACCGACUUUCAAGGCACUGACCAGUUUUGUAUUUCAACAAUUCUAGUUCUAAAUCUUUGAUUUUAUUCUGCAUUUCAAUGAAUUUCUGUUCUGUCAAUUCAUUGUAUCGUAAGAAAUUAAAAUAGUCUGAUUCUGCCUUCUCCCGACUAGUUGCUGUAAUGCUUGACUGUCUUGUUGUUGUUAUAGUGGUUGUUGUUUCCGUUUCUUUUGUUUGUUCAGUUUCUUUGGUGGUUGGUUCCCAAACUAGUUAAAAAAUAUUACAAAAUUAUAAUUGAUAGUUUCAGGUUCACUUACCUUCGACCUUCCCAGCCUGAGUUUUCGGUUUAGACACCAAAUAAUCAAAUUCCUUCAACUUAAUCUCUUCUCCAUUUCGAUAAACAACUAGUUCAUUCAUUACAGGAUCAAUUUUCCCAAUUAAAAUAUUUCCAUCAAUUACAGCACGUCCAAGAGUGAAAUCAGAAACAGAAAUCAAUUCAGAAAUUUUUUGAUCUGCAGACAAUUUAAUCCAUUCGUAUCCUUCGGUUUGAAUUAAACAUUCCAUUUUUUCUGCAGACUUUUCUUCUCCAUUUUCCUCAUAAGUUAUUUUAUGUUGUGCUGGAAUAAUUUUAGCUGGAAUGAAUUCUCCUGAUUCCAGUUGAACUUUUCCGAUGUAGAUUUCAUACCCUUCCGAUGUUAGACCUACAAUUACACCAUUUUCAAUUGAAUUUGAAAGGGGUUCAUCAAUUGUUGUUAAUUUCCAUGAAGUUUCUGAAACUGAAAAUAAGAAUCUUUGAAAGAAAAAGAUUUUUAGAAUUAUAGUUUUAUAGUUCUCACUAGUUUCCAUCUCAAAGAUUUAUGUUGAAUGUUUUUAAAAGAAUGAACGAGCUCUUUAAACACAAAAAGUUUAUUGAAGACAUUUGUCGAACAUCCAUUCAAUUUAUUUGGAUUUUUAACGCAUUAUUUAUUGUUUUAUCACUAACCAGCGUGUCUUUAAUAAACAACGAAAAAAGUAUUAUGGAUGCAAUGUUAUCAAAAUUGGAUACAAAAACUAAAAUUUUCAAUAACAGCUAUCAAUUAUGAUAAACAAUUUAGGAACUCUCUGUGUUGUAAAAUAUUUGGUUCAAAGAUAAGGUUCCUUUAAACGAUACUUAAGUUUGAAAAUAGCAUAUGCUUAGUUCCUCUACACGAUAGAUUUCUAAAGAAUGAUCUUAGGUUUGCCAUAAUUGUCAUUAAUGUCGGAGUAUCAUCUUUAAUUCAAUUAAGCAAUAAUAAAAUCAAAAUAGUAAUCCUGUUAACAGCAGCUAGUCAGUCGACAAAAAACAAGCUUUUGUGCCAAAAAAUAUUGCAAAAUUUUUAUUGUGAACAUUUUUAUGACACGACUCAGAUGAUUACAAUCAAUGUUCCACGAAACAUUGGUCGAAGGCAAAAUUUCAUAUUAAGGACCAAUUUAGCUUCCAAAGUAAGAAUGUCAUGCUUUAUUUAUGCACGAUUCAACCGAAAAGUUUAAGAACAACUGCAAUCCAUCAUUUAUCGUUUAAUAUUGGGUAUUGGACAAUAUGGAUACAAUUUAGAUAUUUACGAUAGACUUACAGAUAAAAAGUAUGCCAAAAGUUGUGGAUACCCGCUUUAAUGUCCAUUAAAUACGAAAAUAAAAAUAAUUUUUUAAAAGUUAAAAUUAUCAAGUUUUUAGUGAUAUUAUCCGCAUUAAUGCAAAUGGAAUGUAUCACAUCAUGUAGAUGACUUCAGUAGUUCGCCAAAAUUAAGCUCCGGUUUUAAAAAAAUAUAUUCAAGGUUAUAUGCACAAAAAUGCACCAGUUUACAAAUUAAGCCUCAUUUGAUACAUUCAAGAUAUCAAGCGAUGACAUUUGCGAAUGUAAAUUGACUAUUUUCAAAAUAUUGACGAUUCAAGGUUAAUCUAAGCAAAUUCAACAUCCAAUAUUGGAUUUUAAUAGAUACAGCUAGGAAUAAAUUCCAUAUUUAAAUGCAGAUGCGCGACAUCAGGUCAUGUAGGCAAAUAAAUUCCAAAUUAUGUCAUCGAUCAUAUAACAAGCGAAAGAAAGUGAAACUUAUUACACAUGCUCGUGAUUGAUGAAUUUACAAGGCACAAACUUCAAAUCUGAGAGAAUGAACUCUUUUCUCAAUUGUGACGACAUUAGUGGACAUAAACGAUUAUUAACCGGCUUUUUAGUAAACAAAAUUUACAUUUUUUAUCACAAACGACUCAGCAUCUCGCAAACUUACUAUUAGCUCUCAUCGUCUAUUUUUGUGGAAUGUUUUUUUUUUGUGUCUGAUUUUUCUCAUCAGUUUAGUUUUACCUCGCUUCGCGACAUGUCCACAUUAAAAUCAUUUCUGUCAAUUUUGUUCAUCUCACAGACAAUACAUGCAAGAAGCUUUAAUCCGUGUGAACUUGAGAAUGAGCUCACAAAUAUUUACAAUUUAACAGCGGAUGAGUCAAGGAAUCUCACAUGUGUAGCACAAAAAUAUUCUCAAUUGACUACGAAUAUCAUUAAUAAUGGAAGUAAGACAAUAUAUUAUGGGAUAUUUCAAAUAGAUCAAAAAUGGUGUAGCAUUGAUAAGCCAGGUGGAAAGUGUAAUAUAAAAUGUGAGGAUCUAGUAAAUGAUGAUAUCACGGACGAUAUCAAAUGUGCUCAAAAAGUGUUCCAAAAACUCGGCAAAAAGGCAUGGAAAUUAAAUAAAAAUUCUGGCUGCAAAAAGGAAUUUAAUUAUCUUGAUGAGUAUUGCCAUAAAAAUGCAAAUAUUGAUGACACAUUUCAAGUUCAACCAGAUUUUUGUGAAUUGGCGAGAAAAUUAAUGACUUUAUAUGACAUUUCCAAAAUAGAUGCUACGAUAUGGUCGUGUAUCUCAGAGUAUAGUAAAACUGGAAAUUUGAAUCUACGAGCAGAAGAAGAAAACAGACGAGAUGAUGAAGAAUCUUGUGUCAAGACACGUGACGUUGAAUGUGCUAUAAAGAACAAUAAACAAACUGGCAUAAGCGGCUUUGCGAACUGGCCAGCAUAUGAGGAAUAUUGUAAAAAUAUCACAGAAUCAACUUGUUUUAAGAGCACGAAGUCAGUCAAUAGAAGUGACAUAAUAGAGCAAAUUAGCAAUGUUCAAAAUGCGGAAACUAGCAAGAAGCCAAUAAUAUUCACAACAUCCACAGAAGUUUCAGUUUUUCUCGAAGAUGAUCAUGGAAAUUUAACUCAAUAUAUUGGUAAUGACAUAACAUCCGAAAGUCCUAAAGUAAGUCAACAAACUACGGAAUUUUUAAGCGAUACACUGGAAAAGCCUGCCUAUGAUGAUAAGCCAACAAUUGAAGGACAUUCAAAAGUGCGUAUAAUGUCGGCCGACAAAAAGAUUGUUGAAUAUCCAGAGAUACUUGAAAGCACGUCUAAGAGUCUUGAUGAAAUAAUGCUAAUUAAUAGUUCAUUAGUAAAGUCAACAACGGAAUUAUCAAAUACCGAGCACACGACUGAAAAAUAUUACGAAACAAUUGAUAAGUGUACACUUGCAAAAGACCUGUAUGAUUCAGGACGAAUUCCACAAAAUUUAAUUUCAACAUUUAUUUGCAUAGCUGAGCAUGAAUCAGGACUGAAUGUGUCAUUCAUUGACUCAGAUGGUCAGCAAUCAAGAUAUGGAAUUUUCCAAAUUGACAAUCAAAUUUAUUGCAGCACCAAUGACAAUAUUAAUCAGUGUAAUGUGCUCUGCGCUCAUUUAGUUGAUGACCAAUUCGACAAUGAUUUUGAAUGUGUUCGUCAUAUCUACAAGAAAGAAGGUCUUAAUUACUGGCCUUCGUAUGAAAAGUCGUGUAAAAAUAUCAAUUCGAAUUCUUUGGAUUAUUGUUUUGAACAAUUUUCAACGAGUCAACGACCAUCUACAAUUCUGAAUAGAGAAGCUGAAUAUCAUUCGACAGAAGCCACACUUAAUUAUUUAACUCAUAUGGAGAUGACGACAUUGAUUAAUGGCAUAGAAUCAGCAUCAAGUGAUGGCUCAUUGGAUUUUUGUGAAUUUUCACACCAACUCAAAGUAAACUUGUCUAUUGGAAUUUGGGAAGAUUUGGUACAUUACGUAUGCAUUGCUGAUCAAAUUUCACAUUUAAGACCAAAGCUAUUAAAUGACGAUAAACUAGGAAUAUUCAGUCUUAAAGAUAACACGUGUGGAAAAUUAGAAGCAGGUGGAUUUUGUUCGAUUUUAUGUUCUAGCUUAUUGAAUGAUGAUCUAAUCGAUGAUGCUGAAUGUAUGAUAAAAGUCUAUAAAGAACUCGGAUUAAAGGAAUGGAAUAUCAGUCAAGAUAGUUGUAAAGUUUAUACACCAAAGAUCUUGCGUUGUAUAGAUGAAGGCAGGUUUUCUGUUCCUAGCGACGAUGAAUUAGAUGAAAAUAUAGAUUCAUUUAUUGGACCUGACUCUAAGAAUGAUGAAAUUCAGAAGCAUAUUGAAAAUAAUUUGGAAAUGAUCUUGUCAAGAGCUAAUAUUGGAACUGAAAGUUUAGAAGAUUUUAACAAAUUAGACCAAACAACUUUGCCUUCAAUUGAAGCUACUUCCGUCAAAGAGGAUAGAAAUGUUGAUUCUGAAAUCGAAUUUACAACCAACAGUUCUAUCCAAAAAGGACAAGACUUAGAAACUGGAGAACAAAUCACAACUGAAGAUCCAAUUUUGACCGAAAAAUCUGAAACCACUCAAAAAUAUUUUGAAGAAGAAGAAUCGAUAGCAGCGAUGAAAAAUCUUCUAGACGUUAACACAUCUGAAGAAUCAGAUUCAGAAUCAACAACAGUAGAACCCAAAAAUAAUCAGAACGAUCAAACAACACCGAUAGAAUAUGACGAUAAUAAAUCAAAUGAAAAUGAAGAAGAAGCUAUUGUUGAAAUAAAUCUCUUGACCACCACAAUCGAAAGUUUAUUGUCCACAGAAAUUGCAGAUAAAGAUUUAGAGUCAAAAGAAGAUUAUAUGCCAGUAACAACUAUCAAAAUUGAUGAAAGAACUCAUAAAGUUCCUACUGAUUUAGAAUUUGUAGAUAAAAGUGAUGAAUUCGAGAAUAUUGAAGACAUAGAACAGACUACAGCCUCAUUGAAUGAAUCAAAAGAAACUUCAUUUGAAAAUGAUCUAAAAUACCAAGAAGACAUUCGAACUGAAGAGGAUAUUAAUUUUGAAAAUGAUCCUGAGGUUUUCGAUAUUAGUCAUGAAGUGAAGAAUCUUGAAAUAACUACAGAAUCUGUUCUACAGAUUACAGAUCAAGAAAUAGAAGAUCCAAAAACGUUAAGAAUUGAGACAACAGAGCCUCAAAGACAUCAAGAAAUGGAGAUUCAAAGGAAUGAAGUAUUAGGAAGUGAGGUAACAAAAACCGAGGCUGUUCCUAUAACAGAGAAUUACAAUAAUAUUGAAAUUGAGACUGAAAAGUUUAAAGGCAGCUUAUCCACAGAAAUUCACGAAAUAGAUGAUACCACAGUACCUCAAAUAACAAAAACAAGAAUUUUCUCAGAAAUUGACCAAAAAUACAUUCAUGAAGAAUCAACUUCAGAUAUUCCAUGGAAUUUUGAUGAUAAGAUUUUUGAACCUGAAAUAUUGAAUAGUGAGAGUUUCUUAGAAAAUACAGAAAAAUCACCUGAAGAAGAAAAUACAACAAAUGUUAUGAAUAUUGGACUAAUAUCAACUGAAUCUGCAAUAAAUCAAAGUGAUAGUCUUACAGAAAAUACUGAAAAAUUUAUUGAACAAGAAACAACAACAGAAAAUGCACAGACUGAAAAACCAAUGUAUUUAAAAUCAACUACUGAGUCUUCUUUUACAAGUAACAUUUUUGAUGAUUCAAAUACCACUGAAGAUUCUAAUGAGCAAACAACAGAAUCUAUAGAGCAAGAUGAAACAAAAUUAGAGGAAACUACAGUUGGAAAUGCUUUAUUACUAGUAGAAUCAGAUCUUAUAGCCACUACAGAAGAUUCUCUACCCAAACCAACAACUGAGAAUCUAUAUUACACGAGUAUCCGAGAAAUUAUAGAAGAAUAUCAAAAAUCUAAUGUCAAAAAUAUUGAUAAUGUUCAAUCUAAACGGAAUCAAAAUUACUCUGGAAAGGAAACGACACUAGACGAUAUCUUCGAGGACUAUGAUGACUUUGUCGAUGAAUUAGAAAAUUCAGAUCAGUCUUUUAAAUCUUUUAAUAAACAUACAACAUUUCCAUCUACAACACAAUCACUGAAUAUCCAACAAUCUUCAAGAAUCAAUAAAUGUGAACUAGCUCGAUAUAUGAACAAUUCAGGCUUCCCAGAAAAUUUAAUUUCAACAUUUAUCUGUAUUGCUGAGCACGAAUCAGAAUUAAGUCCACACACAGUCAAAAUUAGUAGAUCAUACUACAAGUUUGGUCUAUUUCAGAUCGAUGACAAUAUUUAUUGCAGUACAGACGAAAAGAUAAACGAAUGUGAAAUUCCAUGUGAACUUUUAACUGAUGAUCAGUAUGAUAACGAUUUCGAAUGUGUUCGUAAUAUUUAUAAGAAGGAAGGGUUUGAUUAUUGGCCUUCUUAUGAAAAUUCAUGCGAUAAAAUAAGCACGAAUGCAUUGGAUUAUUGUUAUGAUGACAACAUCACUGAUGAAAAUAAAGAAUUACAAAAGUUCCAAUCGACAACCCUAGAAAUGUCUCAAAUCGAAAAUAUUCCAGUCACAACUGAUUCACCAAAAGUUAAUUUCGAAGCACUUUCUAUAGAUAACGAAUCUAAAUCCAUUAUACGAAAUUUUGACUUGUGUGAGCUAACACGUGAACUUUAUUCGCGAAAUAUUAGUAUCGAUGAUAUUCCACAAUAUUUGUGCAUAGCUGACAUCAAAUCUCAUUUAAAAAUUAGAAUACCAAAUGAGAAUGAACAAAGUUAUGGAUUAUUCUUCAUUAAUUCAGAAUUUUGUGGACAAAGCGAGUCUGAUGGCAUCUGUUCAAUGAAAUGUUCAGAUUUGUGGGACAAUAACAUAUCUGAUGACGUUGAUUGUGUAUAUAAAAUCAUUCAGACAAACGGCACUGAUAAAUGGAAUCUAAAUUCUGAAACCUGCCAAAUCUAUGACAAUAAAGUUGUGGAAUGUUUUGAUAAAACGACAGAACUUCCAAAAAUAUCAGAAUUAGAUUUUGAGGGUGUACAAAGGAACGCGAGCGAUUCGCGAUAUGAUGUAAUUACUGAAAGUAUGACUGAUAUGAUAGCUGAUAUGACCGAUAAGACUUUAGAGGAUUUAAAUCAAGAAACUUCAAACCUUCGAACUUUAAAUUAUGACAUUGAAAGUGAUGAAAUCACGACAGACGAGACUACAGCACAAAACGUACUUCCAAUAGAGCAAACUACUUCCAAAAUAAUUCAAAUUUUGAGCAGCACAGCAUCUUCAGACAUAAGUUAUUCAACUUCAGAUAAUUUGCAUUCAUUCAAAGAUGAUAAACUAAUAAAAAUACUUCCAUCACUAGAUAUUAAUCUUAAUGAUCAAAACUUAUCAAAGCAUGUCGACACGCUACUUAAAAACUUUACUUUCUUUGAUGUUUUGCCGAAAAAUGGAUCGAUUAUAUUUAAUAUUUUUAACUUCAACAUCUAUGGUCAGGAUCACGAUAUUAAAUUUACAGUGAAUCGAGGAACAGAGCUGAUAGACAGAGUUGAAGACUAAGAGUCGUAAAUUAAAUGCCUGACUUAGAUACUGCAUAGGAUUAAAUCGUAAUUUUAUAAGAAGCUUUUGUCUAGUUCCAGAAAAUCUCAAAUAACCAACUCUGCGCUUAAAGAUAAUGAAAAUUAAUCAACAAAUCUAAUUUAAAGCACAUAAUGUAUUUAUUAAAUAUUAUUUGUGUCGAUAGCUUUUACAUGCAUGAUUAAAAUAAAAUAAAACAUUGAUAAGGAACGAGUAGAUGCAAAAUUUAUUAUUUCCAAUUCCAGUUGUUUCUAAUCAUCUGAACUGAAAAGAUUAUGAAAUAUCAAUUAGUGAUUUUAUUAGCAUCGAUCUCGCUUAUUCAGGCGAAAAUUUAUUCAGUAUGUGAAUUGUCAUUAGAAUUGUAUUUAAGGCAUAAGAUUAACAAAAUGGAAAUACCAUAUCACAUUUGCAUAGCUGCAGAAAGGUCAAAUUUAAACACAAGACACUCAAAUGGACAGGAAUAUUUAGGACUUUUUAAAAUUGGAUCAGAUUUCUGGUGUGGACGGGGAUUUGCUGGAGGAUAUUGCAAAGUAAAAUGUUCAUACUUGGAAAAUGAUGAUAUUAGUGACGAUGUUAAAUGCGCGUCAAUGAUUCUACACAAUCGAGGAAUCACAGCUUUUGGACUGAUAAACAACAUAUGUGAUAAAUACCAUGAAGAUGUGACUCAUUGUUUCGAAAAGAGCCUUCAAAGAAGCAGUAAAAAUCACGAAACACACGAAAUCAUUUUGUGAUAGGAACAAAUAUUUUUGUGAUAAAGUAUAUCCUUUAAAAGUGUU